AUGUGAUGCCCCUCAACGUCUCCCACAGUGGGGGUCUGUUUUUAAGGAUAGAGACUGAGACUAGCACGUGUCAUGGCUGCCUGAGUGUGCACGUUCACACGCCCACUAUCGGCAAGGAGGGUCUAAUCCUGGACUUUGGGCUGCGGUCGCUCGCCACAGAACUCCAAAGACUCCAUCCGAGACGAGAGCAUAAAGAAACCUCCAUCAUGUCCGUCCUCACCCACCUGCUGGCGUGCCUGUUCGGCAUGGGCUCCUGGGUGUCCAUCAACGGCCUGUGGGUGGAGCUGCCCCUGAUUGUCCCUCACAUUCCAGAGGGAUGGUACCUUCCGUCCUACCUUUCGGUUCUCAUCCAGAUGGCCAACGUGGGUCCGCUAUUGGUCACUCUGAUGCACCGCUUCCGUCCGGAAGCCCUCAACGAGGCGGCCGUCAUCUACGUCAUCAUCGCCCUGGGCACCGUGGCCAGCCUCCUGCUGGGGUUCUUCUGGAAGGAAACGGUGGUAGUGGCGGGCGCUCCUCACAGUGUUCCUCUGCUGGUGCUCACCUUCUUCCUCGCCACCGUCGACUGCACCUCCUCCGUCACCUUCCUGCCCUUCAUGAUGCGACUCCAGCCUCAGUACCUCACCACCUACUACAUCGGCGAGGGCGUGAGCGGCCUGCUGCCCGCCCUGGUCGCACUCGUCCAGGGUGUGGGCGUGGUCCACUGCGUCAACGGUACUCAGCUUCUGAACCAGACCCUCAACGCCACCGGCUCCUUUCCCACGCUUGAACUCCAGGCUGAGCACCAACCUGCCAACUUCUCAGCUGAGGUGUUCUUCUUCUUCCUGAGCUCCAUGAUGCUGGUGUGCCUGCUGGCCUUCGUCCUGCUGAACCAUCACCCGGCGGUGGCGAGGGAGACACCCAAAGGCCAGUACACCAACGGGGUGAAGGAGAAGAAGUGGGUGGAGAAGAGGCCCAUGAUGGACCCCUACGCACCCUCAAGCCAGAAGUGCGGCAGCAGUUUCGGCACCGGGACCUACAGCAGGAUCCAGGUGGUCUACAUCUUUGUGAUCCUGGCGUGGACCAACGCUCUCACCAACGUGGUGCUGCCCUCGGUGCAGUCGUACUCCUGCCUGCCAUACGGGAACAACGUCUACCAUUUGUCCGCCGCUUUGGCGGCCGUGUCCAACCCUCUGGCCUGCUUCAUCGCCGUGUUCUUCCAGAGAAGGUCCUUGUGGCUGAUGGGGGCGUUCACCUUACUCGGCAGCGGUGUGGGGGCCUUUAUAGUCAGCAUGGCCGCCCUGAGUCCGUGUCCCCUGCUGGUGAACAACAUCUCAGGUGGCGUCAUCAUGGUGCUGGCGUGGAUAGUCUUCAUCCUUACGCUCUCCUACGUCAAGGUCAUAAUCGGCAUGAUCCUGCGAGACGAAGGUCACAGCGCCCUCGUGUGGUGUGGCGCCGUGGUGCAGCUGGGGUCGCUGCUGGGGGCGGUGACCAUGUUCCCCCUGGUGAGCGUCUACGGCCUGUUCGCUUCGGGCGACCCGUGCAACACCGCGUGUCCCUGAAGGAGGCGGGCUAGCUGCUCAUGCUAACAUUGCUAACAUGACCAUUAGAAUGUACACGUGGUUACAAAUAUUGCUAGGAAGGACUUAUUGGUCCUAAUUAGUGGCAUCUUUUGUUUAUGACAUAUGUAAAUAUCAAAAUAUUAUAGUUGCAUUACUCAAGCGUUUUUAUUUACAUGUUGUCUUUUUUAUUAUGAUUUACUUCUCCAUUUCAAACAAUCGGGAACCGUGUCGGAAUUAUACACAAUAAAUGAAUCUUGAGUGAAAAGUUACACAAUUAUUAUUUUUGGAAAUCUAUCCAGUCCAGAUCUAGAAAAUAUAUAUAUAGUACACACAUACUACAUAGUGUAUACUUUGUCAUCUCAUGGGAACAUCUCAGCUACCAAAGGUGCUCAUCAAGCUAAUACAAGCUGCUAAAUGCUAAACAUCGUAUGCGUAUAAUUACAGUUGUCCCUUGCUAUAUCGCAGUUCCAUUAUCGCUCGUAUUAUUAUCUCGUAUUAUUAUCUCGUAUUAUUAUCUCGUAUUAUUAUCUCGUAUUAUUAUCGUAAUGAGGCUAAACAUAUUCAAAUGUAAGUGAUGGGUAGUACUGGGGGGUCACUGGGCAGCGGCCAUGACACAAACAUUGACACAUUAGCUUCCGUGACAUUACCUUAACACUGCUUAACAAUGUUAGCCUCCCAUUCUGUGUGGAAGUGGUAUCUUUUUGGCUUCCAGUUCGAUCCCACCCUCGGCCAUCUCUGUGUGGAGUUUGCAUGUUCUCCCCGUGCAUGUGUGGCUUUUCUCCGGGUACUCCGGUUUCCUCCCACAUUCCAAAAACAUGCUAGGUUAAUUAGCCACUCCAAAUUGUCCAUAGGUAUGAAUGUGAGUGUGAAUGGUUGUUUGUCUAUAUGUGCCCUGUGAUUGGCUGGCCACCAGUCCAGGGUGGAC